CGAUCCGCUAAGAAACCCACAGAAGAAGAAGUCAGUGUCACGGGUAACAUCCGGUGAUAUCAGAAGGGCAUGCGGAUUGGACUGCCCAGUGCAGAGACACUGCAAGGUGGAUCCUUAAAAGCUUUAAUUUUGACGGUGCUCCUGAGUGCGUUUAUGUUCCAGCUGCUGAGGACUGUUGGACUGAGGGCGUUCUCCAUGGCAUCUGAGACGUACACGUCGGGCACACACUCUGCCGCUUUCGUCACCUGUCCUAACGACACAGUAGCUAAAGAUUUGGCCAGGGGUAUUGUGGAGAAGAAGUUAGCCGCGUGCGUCAACAUUAUCCCAGCAAUCAAAUCUGUAUAUGAAUGGCAGGGGAAGAUUGAGGAGGACAACGAGGUGCUGCUGAUGAUUAAAACAAGAAGUUCCAAAGUGCCUGCUCUUGCUGAAUAUGUCCGCUCCAACCAUCCUUACGAGGUGGCCGAGGUCAUCAGCCUGCCUAUCGACCAGGGCAACCCGCCCUACCUCAAGUGGAUAGGAGAGGUCGUACCAGAAUGAGGCUGCGCUGAUGGAUGAGGAGAAGAAUUAAUGGAUGCAUGUAAAAAAAAAAAAACGAAUCUGAAAUAAUGUGAAAUUUCCUCCGUUUCAAACACACAUCCAGUGCUUCAACAAGGUUAGACACGCACUAAAACAAUACCAUCCAAAUCUGUAAUGUUGUUAUUGUUAAGUGCACAAGACCAACACACUACAAAGUAACACAUUUGUUUGUUUGGAAAUGAAUAAAACUCAUAUUUUCUAAAGUAUUUCCUAUUUUGCUUUACUCAAUAGUGAAGAUCUUCUUUUCCUUUACUACCUUCAACCACUAGAGGGCAGCCUUGGCCUCUUGUUCCGUUAACCGAGUGCAGAACAAACUGUACUUCAGCUUUGACUUGUUUAAACCUUUUCACUGAAGUGUUUCAAGUGAACAGCAGCAACAACGUUUUGAAAUAAAGUGAAGGAUUAUUUUUCA